AUUACGCUUCUUUCAUCGCCGUUGAUCAUGCUUGGGCGUUCUUGGGUAGAUCGCGCCUUAUUGCUCCUUCUAGGCUUUUUCCAUCAAACCACCGAUGCGCAUGGAACGCACAUCACAUCGUUCGAAGACGUGCUAUCGUCGCAACCACAUGCCCACGACUUUGCCGUGGUGAGCUACGUGUCAAUUACAAGUGCCGAUGAGUCCCUCGCGCCCGACGCUCCGUACCCGUCGUCGAUGCACGUUCAUUUUCGCACGAGCCACGGCACAGACUUGGAGUUUGACGUUCGACUCAAGCGCGACUUGUUCGCCGCUGACUCAUUUGUGUGGGCGCACGACGGUCCAGAGCUCGCGCUCCUAAAGUCACACAAGCCGCAUCACAUUGCCUACGAGGGGAAAGUGCCCCAUGGGUACAUCCGCCUCACAAUGUUUGACCGCCAUAUGUUCCAUGCAACGAUCAAGUUGCACGACAAGAUUGUGGUCGUGGACCCCGUUGGACACCACAAGAAUGCCCACCAUUUGUCGUCGCCCGUGACUGGCAUGGUGGCGUACACGAUACCACUAGCAUCUGCGACGCUGUCAAACCAGCACCAUCGCCAGUUGACGUCGUUUGGUCGAAUGGCAGGGUGCACGUGGAGCUCGAGGCAAAUCACGGUCGGGGUUGCUUCCGACGCCGGGUUUACGUCUGAACAUGGAGGGGCUGCACAGACUCAAAGCUACCUCAUUGCAGUGUACAACUCGGUCAACGGACUCUUCGACGACCAAAUCGGCGUGCACUUGACCAUCGGGGCGUUCCUGAUUGAAACGGGGGUGGGGGGUCCGGCGUGGAAUGUGGAGCCGGGAUCGUGUGGCGCCAUGGCCGACAUGGAUGUCCACCUCGACGUUAUUAAAGCGUGGGUUGCCGCAGGAGACAACGUGCCCAUGUGCAAUCAAGAAAACUGUGGGCUGUGGCACGUGCACACUAAUUGCGACGCGGACGGUGCUCGAACAGGGAGUACAGCGGGGGUGGCGUGGAUGGGCUCUCUGUGCAGUAGCAGCAUGGGCCUCAACACGGGCGUGUCCAUCGAUGCCGGCGUCAAUACGUGGAUGGUUGUGGGCCACGAAAUCGGCCACAACUUUGGUGCAAGCCACACGUUUGCAGAAGGUGGGAUCAUGUCAUACGACUGGGGAAGCCCUACCAAGUUUUACGACAACGGCGAAGUGUGCUCGUUUGUGCAAAGUGUAUUGGACAAGUGUUUGAAACCCUACAGUCCCGAUGGAGCCCCCACCACAGCCAGACCUCCCACUACUACUACUACUACAGCCACACCCACCACCACAGCUCAACCAACGACCACCACAGCAACACCCACCACUACUACCACAGUCACACCCACCACCACCACAGCAAUCACUACUGCUCAUCCUACGACCACCACAGCUAAACCUACGACUACUACCACAGCCAUACCCACCACCACAGCAAUCACUACUGCACAUCCUACGACCACCACAGCCAGUCCUACCACCACGACAACGCCAAAACCAACUACCACCCCAGUUACUACUAUUCUAACCACUUCAACCCUAACUCCCACCACUACAACCCUAACUUCAACAACUGCAACUCCCACCACAACUACUGUUGUCCCAACGGCCACCACUACUUCUGCCCCUACACCCACCAAUACAACGUACAUUCCCACACCUUCAAACCUAGCGGCUUCAACAACGACAACCAAUCCGCCUACCACGACGGUUGAUUCUUCCUCCGACCCAUGCAGUUGCUCGACAGUCUCCAAGUGCCCAAGUAUCACAGGUGGUGGCUGCCAACCUUUCCACGGCAAAUCGUGGUGCUACGUCAAAGAUCCGACAAAAUGUGUGGGGGCAGCGUACCACGAUUCUACGGAUUGUGCGGGGCAAAAGUACAUGCAGUGCAAUGAAUCUUCGAUCUAUCUGUCGGUGCCACCGCCCCCGAAAGACCCUUGUGCAUGCAGCACGACUACCACAUGCCCCAGCGUCAGCACCCAGCCUGGCUGCUUCAAAUCUGACUGGACCAGCUAUUGCUACGUCGAAGAUCCUAUCAAGUGUUUCGGACCAGCGAUUCGAUCGUCGUCGGUGUGUGCUCGUGAAAAACUGCGCCGAUGUUCACCCCAAGGCAAGUCGUCGACGCAUUGGGUUGUGAACGAAUGGUCCAAGUGCUCAGCGCAAUGCGGCGGCGGAGUCAAAAAUCGCACAGUAACCUGCAUGGACCAAAAGAACGUCAUUUCGUUCACAGACUCGUCGUGCUCGGCGCCCAAGCCUAUCGACACGCUCAAGUGCAACGUCCUGCCGUGUCCUAAUACAGCGCUCAACUACACCACGCCGUGUGCUGGCCCGCCUCACUCCACGUGCAAACCUCGAUCUCACAUGCGACUUUGCGACUGUGCGUGCAAUUUGGGCUACAUUUACCACUCCCGUCGUCGCGAGUGUGUGCCACUUCCAGCGAUAGAGUGGCGGUCGGUGAAAUGCCCCGAAUGCGCAGAUAAUGUUCUCGGUCCACUGAGCUUUGAGGUUCGGUCUCAUGACAUCGAUCCAUUGAAUGCCCCUGGUUGCGACGGUCAAGACGACGAUGGCACGGUCACUGCGUCGUGGCUGGCUGUGUUUGAUCCAGACUCUUCGACAACCUCGGGUGGUAGCGCCAGCACCAGUGACGGUAUAACCAAUGUAGCGAUCAUUGCAAUCGCCACAUGUAUUGGUGCGAUCGCACUGAUCCUUGCGGUGCUGGUGUAUCGCCGCCGCGCCGUCCAGCAGCCCGCCACGCAGAAGCAACCCCCCGCCUGCAUUGUACGAUCCACCCUCGGAUCCAUGCUUUAACUUUGUAUCUCAAUAAAUUUGUUUAUGCCA